UGGAAAUAUAAAAACGAGACCCCUCCAAGUCCAAAGUCCAAACCCUAGUUUAGUUAGAUUUAUAUAUAUCAUUAGAAUUGGAUAUAUACAUACGCAUUACUCUCUCCCCCCCUCCACCAGUGUUCUCCACCACCUUCUAAAACUCCAAUUCUCUCUCUCUCUCUCUCUCUCUCUCUCUCUCUCUCUCUCUCGCUCUUUCUCGAAGCUUCUCGAUCUGCAAAAGCCGAACUUGACAAUUCCAGCUCUACUCCUCCGAACCCCCAAACCCCAGCAGAUUGGUAACCCCGCAAUUUGCUUCAAUUCGCAGCUUUUGAAGUGUGGGACUACCGGGUUGGACCAGUGGGCAAAGAGCAGGGAGGAAGAGCUGGAAUUACGGUCUUGGCCUCGUGAUCUGGGUUACUGCUAGUUCAAGAGCAAUUCGGGAUCCAUGUCAGAGUUGUUAGCGUCUUUCCACUUCAUGCGACACUGACCCAUGGAUCCUGAAGGAACAAAGUUUGGACAAGGACCAAAAGAGCUGACCGGUGCUGUAGAUCUCAUAAGUCACUACAAGUUGCUUCCCCACCAUGAGUUUUUCUGCAAGCGAUCACUUCCUGUAUCAAUCUCAGACACACAUUAUCUUCAUAAUGUGGUGGGAGACACAGAAAUUAGAAAAGGAGAUGGGAUGCAGUUGGAUCAACUUAUUCAGAGUACAUCAUAUUUCAGUAAACCACGCAUACAGCCUUUUGACCUAGAUAUUCUCAGAGAGGCUUUCCAUCUUAGAGAAACAGCUCCUAUUGAUUUGCCACUCGCCGAUAAGGGGACUCCAACUAUUGCAGCGAAAUCAAAGAGUGAGUCUAAAGACAAGGAGAAGAAACACAAAAAGCACAAAGACAGAGAUAAAGAGAAGGAUAAAGAGCACAAGAAGCACAAACGCCGUCAUAAAGAUCGAAGUAAAGAUAAAGACAAGGAGAAGAAAAAGGAGAAAAGUGGGCAUCAUGAAUCGACUGGUGAUCACUCGAAGAAACACCAUGAAAAGAAAAGGAAACACGAUGGAGAUGAAGAUCUUAAUGAUGUUCACAGACACAAAAAAAGUAAGCAUAAGAGCGCAAAAAUUGAUGAAGUGGGUGCAAUCAGGGUAGCUGGCUGAAAUGAUGGGAUACUUUAGUAAUUUUGUUUUCUUCAAUGGUUGUCGUUCAUAGUUUCGAGGGGUCCUUCACUUGAUUUUGUGUUUCUUGAGAAUAACUUCUGAACUGACAAAAGAUUGUGAAGAAGGUGAAUUCACCUGCUGAAAAAAUAUGUGGAUUAAAGGUAAAAAGUAGUGAAAUGGACUUCUUUGUAUUAUAACAAUGAUCUAAUAUGACUGCCAGUAAUUUGAAAAAAACUCUGCUAUUCUGUUUUCAUGGCACAUUGGAUGUUGUAGCAUGUUCACGGUUUUACGAUCUCUUUGCAUUUUUUAUAA